AUGGUUGUCAAUGAUGUAACGACAAUCGGGAAUGCCUCUCUUCCUUCGUUGUCUGAGGGUUGCUCAGAUACUCCUUCUGAAGGCGAGUUUAACCGGCGGCCGGAGUGUGAUACGCUCGUCGAUGACCGAAUUUCCACCAUCGAUGGUUGUUGGAUCAGAAAUCCUUCCAACCGACGGAAGGUUGUUAGGGGAAUAUCUCCGCUUGAUAUGGUCUCCGAGACUAAUGGGAUUUUUAAAAUUAAUUAUCAAUUCCCGUUAUCUUGGCAAUAG